AAUUUGCCUGUUGAUAGAGCCUUUCUCUUGGUCAUUUCCGUUGCUAUUAUUCGACUUCGGAUUUAUAGCUUCUGUCCAAGCCGCAGCAGGAAGUUUUUUUUACUAGACAGUGCUAAAAUCAUUUUUACCCAAUAUCCAACUGAGAAAUUGUUCUUGUUUAGUGCAGUAUCAAUUUCAAUUGCCAAUUGGGUUUGUGUAUUGCCCUGUGUUAGACAGGACCUGACAUCAUUGGGAUGAUUCCCAGCCAUACAUAAAUCUGAACAAUCCUAUCACAAUGUGUUUGCACUCCAAAACAUGAUUUAUGAUGCAAAUACACUUGUUUGUCCUCAACAUUGUCUUGUAGGGUGAAUUCUGAAUGGUUAUGCUACCGAACUCUGUAGUGUGGUGAUGUUACCGUACUUAGCAGAUCCGUGUGCUUCGAUGAUUGUUUCAUUCUGUAGGUUCACAUUCAGGAUCAAUUGUUAUAUUUCUUAAAGUUAUCCUUAUUAGCUGUAAAUCCACAUUUUGAACACUCGGAAUAGGAAGCUGAUGUGCUAUAACUUUCAUCUAAAGUACUCAAUGUAACACUCGGAAUAGGAAAACUGAAUUUGCGAUAUACCGAAGCUAAGCUUACUGGUGUAUUAAUUAGUACACUUGGGAUGAGAGCAAUGAAAAAAAAAUCGAAGAUGCUGUUGGAUGAAUAAUGAAGUGUUCCCUGAUUCUAAUACAUUAGAUUGCCAUUAUCUCUUGGUUAUUAUUGUUUUAGUUGAUCACUAGAUAUGUGAAGUCUUUCGGUGUAUUUGAUUUCGUUGAAUGUUCCAGAUGAUGUAGCUAAUCCAUCAUUGUUGUGUCCACGUCACUUUCUGUCAAUAAUUCACUUGUCGAAUUCCUUAACAACCACAUAAGUUCACCAUGCUAUGGAGGCAUUUAUUGGGGAUUGAGAUGGAUGCCUCAGUCUCUGCAACCAUUUCUUUGCUUAGUCGUUCAUAGCUGCUUACCUGAAUACGAGUACUACUUCUUUAGGAUCAAUUAGAGGGGAGGCAGUAUUAAUCUAGUCAGGACGUGCCAGCCUGCCAUCCCUGUCCAAGCUCCAGUUUAUAAACUACGGGCGCAUAUUAGUACUGUAAAUGCUAGCUGUACUGUACUCCAUUGGCAGUGAUGGUUAAUCUCAAUAGUAUUGACUUUCACACAGAGAUAUAAGCUAGUGGUUUCAUCUCCUUGCUGACUGGAGUAAACUUCCCCAUUUACUAGGUGAUAACUUGUCAGUGAAUUCUUAGCUUAGGGAUAAGAAUGGCAACGGGGAUAAAAAAACAAAAGGCAAAAUAUCUAGCCCCUACUCCGUAGUAGUGAAAAAGUUGGAUAAUGUGAUUGCUGACUCGGCCUGCUAGGAAAGAUAAUGGAUUCUUCCUUAGUGUAUCAAUUGAUUAUUGACAAGGAUAAUAUAAAGUAAGUUUUUCUGGCAUAUGAACUGGAGCUUUACCUAACAUCUGUCCCCACUCUUCAGACUUGUUAAAUGUAUUUGGAUAGACUUCCCUGGACAGGAUGAUGUGGUGUGGGCCAAGAAGCUGCCCUUUACCUGGACCCGCCUAGUUUCAUGUAUUUCUGUUGGUAGACCCUAUCUCUGUCUCAAUACUGACCAUUAACCAUGUGGCUUGCGUUGUUCCUUCCAAUCUCAUUUUCGUGUGUUUCUCAAUUUUAGUAGGUGUUCGUACGGUCAUACAAUGAUUAGUAAAGUGGUCCGCUAUAUAUCAUAUGCAUUCCUAGUGACAUAUUUUUGUUUGUUAAAAUGCAGUGCUCUGUUCGUCCAACCAAACAGCCUGCAAGGGUCAUCGUCAGAAUGGAUCAGAUUUACAUGGCUGCUGUCAAUAACCAAACUUCAUUGCCUGAUGAUGAGCCAGUGAAGAAAAUUAGUGGAGACAUGCCCGUGACUGCUGGAAAUGCUUGCUUCGACUGCAACAUUUGCCUUGAUUUUGCAGCAGAGCCGGUGGUUACUCUUUGUGGUCAUCUGUACUGCUGGCCUUGCAUCUAUGAGUGGUUACGCCCAGGUGUUGAAUCUACUGCCAGUAACAACAGGAGUUCGUCAAGGCGACAGUGCCCUGUGUGUAAGGCUACACUCUCCCCGGACAUGCUUGUGCCAUUGUAUGGUCGUGGGGGGAGUUUGAAGAAAUCACUGAACGGCGUGGCUAUUCCACGGAGACCAACUGUGAAGCGCGAGGCGGUUGAGCAUCAAAAUACACAGAACAGCAUCAAUGAUCGGCAUCACCAGAACAUGGAACCCAGCCCUCCACUACAUCCGCUGAGGCAGUCGAACCACAAUUCCAGUGCCACCGAAUUUGAUUUCAUUUACCCGCCAUCACCAAUGGGGCGUGGCCUGAUCCACUCGACUGCUGGCGGUGUGCUUGGUGGGAUGGCUGUGGCGGUGCUACCAUGGGCAUUCCGUGGCCAGGUGCCACCGAGCAUGUUCAUGAGUCCUCAUUAUGUCACGGCGCACAACAUGAGCUCCAGAGCGAGGAGACAGCAGAUGGAAGUUGAGAGGUCGCUGCACCAGAUCUGGUUCUUCCUUUUCGUGUUUGUCGUGCUUUGCCUGCUCUUGUUCUGAGGCAAGAUGGUGAUGUUUUUCCUUUUGUAAAUACGGGAAGGCAAGAUACUAAUGGGAGGAUGCAUAUAGUAAAAGGGCGUGGUUUAACACUUUGACAAUCUGUAUCGGUAAGCAUGUGCUUAAAGCAUGCUGAUAUAGAGAUGUAAUAUGACAAGUCUUGAGGUGAAAUGCAGAUUAUUCUUCUCUUGUCCUAAA